ACAACUGUUGCAGGGGGAGAAAGCGAUAAAAACCAAAACAGCUGAUUUUCUACGAGCUUCAUCGUUCGGGAAAACAAAAUAAAACAGUUUAUAAUCUACGCCGGAUCUUUAAUGUAAAUUAUCCGGAUGAAGUUUCUUAAAGCCGCUAACAAACUUUACCGGGACGGCCGACGGGGAUUCUUCUGGAAAAAGGAUUAUGACUUCGGUACUUGCAACCUGGUGGAACCGGGGUCGGUUUCCCCCGAAUGUUCGGUACCGGAACACAUCACGAAACCAGAUUACUACUACGUGAGGAACUCGGCUUCCGACUGCACCGGAAAGCCGGAAAUCAAAACUACCGAACAAAUUCACCGGAUGCGCGAAAGCUGUAAGUUAGCUGCCAACAUUCUCAAGAAAACGUGCAGCAUGGUUGAGGUUGGAAUAACAACAGACGAUAUCGAUGCGUUCGUCCACAAUGAGGUGAUCAAAGCCAAUGCUUACCCGUCUCCUCUACGCUACAUGGGAUUCCCCAAAUCGGUUUGUACCUCGGUGAAUAAUGUUGCGUGUCACGGAAUACCCGAUGAUCGGAAACUUUUGGACGGAGACAUUAUCAAUAUUGAUAUAACGGUAUUUUACCAAGGCUAUCACGGAGACUGUUCUAGGACCGUUAAUGUGGGGAAUGUCGACAAACGGGGCCGAUAUCUAGUGGAUAGUACUGAAGGUAGUCUAAAUGAGUCGAUCCUGUGCUGUGGUCCAGGGCAACCUCUGUGCGUGAUUGGUAAAUCGAUCGAAAAGUACGCUAAACGGAAAGAUCUAACCGUUAUGCCGGCCUUUCUAGGCCAUGGAAUCGGGAGCUUUUUCCAUGGACCGCCCGACAUUUUCCAUUUCGAUAACAACUAUCCGGGAGUUAUGCGACCGGGAAUGACGUUCACUAUUGAACCCAUACUAACCCUAGGAGGGCAAGAUGCUGCAAUUUUGGAGGACGAUUGGACUGCUGUUUCGGUAGACAAUGCACGAUCGGCUCAAUUUGAGCAUACAGUUCUGAUAACCGAUAAUGGAUGUGAAGUUCUCACCGUACCCGACUAAUGGAGUGCCACGUGUGUUUAUUUUUACGACAAAUUUGUUAUUAAACUGCAAAAGACAAAGUUGAAA